CGAACAAGCAUGCAGCCGUUAGAUCGCACUUUCAAAGAUUUCAUACGCAUCCCAGUAAUCUUUUACCAGACGAUCGGUGAGGAUUUGUACGAACAUCGCUCUGCCAAUCGUAAACGUCGGUGGCUGCUCAAGCUACUACUCUACGUCGGCUUCUUCAACUUCAAUGUGCUUGUUGCAGGUGAGAUUAUCUUCUUCGUAAAAGCUUUAAGCUCUUAUGCUACGGUUUUGGAGGCCACCGGCGUUGCGCCUUGCAUUGGAUUCUCACUUGUUGCCGAUUUUAAGCAGAUCGCUUUGACAGCACAUCGCGAAACAUUGCGCCAACAUUUAGAUCAAAUGGAAGAGAUGUUUCCGAAAGGCAUUGAGCUGCAAGCUGCUUACAAACUACCGCAGCGUGAACGUGUUAUGCGUCGUAUAAUGGGUAUUUUUGCCUUGCUUUGUUUCGCUUACACCUCUACGUUCAGCCUUUACCCGGCUCUUAAAGCUAGUGUGCAGUAUUGGCUGUUAGGCGCGCCCGAGUAUGAGCGUGGUUUUGGCUUCGCCAUAUGGUAUCCUUAUAAUCCAACCGAAAAUAAUUGGGUCUAUUGGCUCACGUAUAUGGGCCAAGUGCACGGCUCAUAUUUGGCUGGCGUGGCCUUUCUCUCCGCCGACCUCGUACUGGUGGCUUCGGUGACACAACUUUGCAUGCAUUUUGAUUUUAUUUCACGUUGCUUGGAAGAGUUUGGUGGCGCAACGAAAAUGAAUGCACAGACGGAUUUGGAAUAUUUGCAAGCAUUGGUGGUGAAACAUGCCAAGUGUCUGGAACUGUCCGAACAUGUAAACAGCAUUUUUAGCUUCUCUUUGCUAUUGAAUUUUCUAACCGCUUCGUUGACAAUCUGCUUUAUUGGAUUUCAAGUGACCGCCUCAUCUGUAGAAGACAUUGUGAAAUAUGCUAUUUUUCUAACAGCUUCAUUGGUGCAAGUCUUAGUGGUCUGCUAUUAUGGCGAUGAGUUAAUGACGGCGAGUUUACGCGUCGGAGAUGCUGCCUAUAAUCAAAAUUGGUUCGAUUGCGACAAGCGCUACAAAUGGCUUCUGACUAUAAUAAUAAUGCGCAGCCAGAAACCAGCCUCUAUUCGCGCACCUACAUUUCCGCCAAUUUCAUUUCGCACUUACAUGAAGGUUAUCAGCAUGUCCUACCAGUUUUUUGCAUUACUACGCACCACCUACGGCAGGAAUCAAAACUAA